AUGUCCCCGGAGCGCGCCGCCGCCUGCCAGCACUGCCCCGGGCCGCCCCCGCCGCGCUUCCUCGUGCCUCCGCCCCCGCGGCCGCCAUUCCUGCAGGAGGACGGCGAGGACUGCUCGGAGGAGCCGCUGCUGCCUUACGAGGUCUGCGAUCUCGCUGCCCCGGUGCACCUGGAGGACGGGUCCAGAGGGCUGCAGCCGCUGCCGGCCACGACGGUAGUCGCCAUCUGCUGUUCGCUGCUGCUCGUCGCUGUCCUCACCGCCACCGCCCUGCUCUGGAAGUACCGCAGGAAGAUACCGUGCAAGGCGGCGGGCGGGGACCACCGCGACGGCUACUGCGCGGCCUCAGCUGGCAGAGGCGGUGGUGGCGGGGGCGGCGCCGGCCCCACCGUGGAGUACGCCGACCUGACGGAGAUCCUGCCGCCCCCGCGCACCUCGGCGGCGCUGCAGCAGGUGCUGCUGGCCAGCAGCCCUCGCUCCAGAGCGCACAUUCCCAGGAACCUGGUGCAGAUGCAAGCGAUGCCGCAACCACGCCCGCAUCGACGCCCCCACGAUCAGAGGGCAGCACUGUGUCCGGACUACCAGCAGCCCUCCGAUCUCUACAACCCCGUCUACAACGAGAUCUCCAACAGUUCGGACGAGUACCUGCCUUCCGACCGGGGAGACGACGGCGAGCGCGACGGCGGUGAGAGCGGCAGCGACAGCGGCAGCUCGGAGGGCGUGCGCACCUACUGCAGCGCCGAGCACCUCUCGCCGUCGCCGUCGAUGAGCGACUCCCCGCCGGGCCACGAGUCAGACUCGGGCUACAGCCACCACUCGUCCAGCGGCCAGCGCCGCCCCAACCCGGCCGGCCUCUACUAG